UCGCGAGAGCAAUGACUUUGGCGCGAAUAAAUAAAGGGUUGUCUUUGAACACGGACGCUGUGGUUGCAGUUGUUUUUUUACCGGGGUAUUUCUCUAGAAUCGUCGAGUGGCUUCAUUAAAAGUUCGUUUUACAUAUUAGACAAACGUAUGAGAUAAUUUAGACAACUUAAAAGGUAAAAAAAAAUAUGUCAGGAGCCGCGUUUGAUGACAGCGAGAUCAACCAAGAUGACAGCCAGGAGGACGUUAUGACUCCAGCAGAGCUGAUCGCCAAACUGGAAGAGGCGUGGCUGAAUGAGAAGUUCUCCCCAGAACUGCAGGAGAACAAAUCCGAAGUGGUGGAAUGUGUGAUGGAGCAGCUCACUCAUAUGGAGUCCAACUUGCAGCGAGUGAAGAAAGGCGACACCAAGGCCAGCAUACAUCGCAUGGAAGUAGACCGGAUCCGCUUUGUCCUCACCAGUUACCUGCGCUCCCGACUGCAGAAAAUUGAGAAGUUUUUCCCUCAUGUCCUGGAGAGAGAAAAGACUCGAGCUGAUGGAGAGCCAUCCCUGCUUUCCCCAGAGGAGUUUGCAUUUGCCAAAGAAUACUACGACAACACAGAAGCAUACCUUAAAGCAGUAGCUCUGAAGCGGAUGCCUCCUAACCUACAGAGCAUCGACAUGCUCAAAGCAGUUCCAGAGCCCUGCUUAGACUCAUUUGUGUUUCUACGAGUUAAAGAGAAACAAGAAAACAUCUUGAUCGAGCCUGAAACCGAUGAUCAGAGAGAGUAUGUUGUGGAUCUGGAAGAGGGCUCGCAGCACUUGAUGCGGUAUCGCACCAUCGCGCCGCUCAUCUCAAGUGGAGCCGUGCAGCUGAUCUGAAGACUCCAGUUUGCCCUCCGUUGUUGUAAUUUUGUGCUGCUGUAAAAGACAAGUGGAAAAAGUUUUCUUUCUGGAUUCAAUAACCUAUGACCCAAAUGCAGAUACAUACUUGGACAUCUUUAUGUUGAUUUGCAGAACUGCCUAUUUUUUCUAUAUUUUAUAUUUUCUAGCAAUGCAAAAAUCCUAGCAAUUUGUCAUCCAUGAAAAGAAAAAUGGCAUUUUAUGGCAGCAACAUCCAUUGGUGUAAUGUAUAUAUUUGUUAA